AUGACAAAUGAACGGAAUUCAACUCUCACUGCGAAGCUGCAGAACAUGAUCUCGAAUUGCACCUCAGGGUUUCGAGUUCUCCGAGACAAGCAACAGCUUCUAAUGCAACAUUUGCUCAUGUGUCACAACAACUAUGAGGGCGACACAGAUAUUCUAUUAUUGCGUUACGACCUUCGCACUCGCUUUCAAGAAGAUGUGCAUGCAUAUCUUCCUCAUGCAAACAUCUGCAUGUUGCAUAUCCCUGUUGUUCUGGAAAUCAAGGAGGGUUGCACACCAGUGCCUCCACGUAGGACGCUAUCUAACUUACUCUGCCCAGGCGAAGUCUCUUCAAGUCUAGCUACACCUCGUGAGGUAUACCUCGCCGAACCAAUCACUCUUCACCGCAACCUAUAUCACGAAUACCUUUCACGAAUUCCUCCCUACUCAAUGCGAAAACCGGCAGAUCAUACCGACCUAUGCACUCGGAGCCAAACAACGACGUUAAUUAAUCAGGCUUUAGUAAAAUCUGGUGAACUAGUCUAUUCCGCUCCAUCGAGGCUUGAAAUCACGAUCUUCCUACACAAUCUUAGAAGUAUUAAGUGCGCUUGGAGAGGAUCACCAAUCACAAACGGAAUGCUCCAGAAUUCAGUAUGCCCCGUCAGCAACCUCGAAAGUCUUGCAGUCAUCAUGUUCUCGACUACUUCACCCAAACCUUUCACCUUGUCCUAUUCACCAUACUCCAUCAAGAUCACGAAGCCCUCGCUAUGCGUUGACUUUCACAUUCCCGAGUACUCCAUCAGCUUAUAA